AUGGCGCCCAAGUCCAAAUUUGAGCUCAAGACCCCCAAGGGUACCAAGGACUGGGAGGGAAAGGACAUGGUCGUCCGCGACAAGAUCUUUAGCACAAUCACCGACGUCUUCAAGCGCCACGGCGGCGUCACCAUCGAUACCCCCGUCUUCGAGCUCAAGGAGAUCCUUUCGGGCAAAUAUGGCGAGGACAGCAAGCUCAUCUACGACCUGGCCGACCAGGGAGGAGAGUUAACCUCGCUGCGAUACGACCUGACGGUUCCCUUCGCCCGCUUUCUCGCUAUGAACAAGGACAUCCAGAACAUCAAGCGCUACCACAUUGCCAAGGUCUACCGCCGUGACCAGCCGGCCAUGACCAAGGGCCGCAUGCGCGAGUUCUACCAGUGCGACUUCGAUGUCGCCGGUGUGUACGACCCCAUGCUUCCCGACGCCGAGGUCAUCCGUAUCAUCUGCGAGGUGUUUGAGGGGCUCGGCUGGAACGGGUCCUACACCAUCAAGCUCAACCACCGCAAGAUCCUCGACGGCAUCUUCCAAGUGUGCGGCGUCCCCGAGGACAAGAUUCGCACCAUCUCGUCGGCCGUCGACAAGCUUGACAAGCUGCCCUGGGCCGAGGUCCGCAAAGAGAUGACGGAGGAGAAGGGCCUGGCCGGCGAGAUUGCCGACCGCAUAGGCGAGUGGGUCGUCCUCAAGGGCAAGCACGAGCUCCUGCAGAAGUUGCGCGCCGACGAGAAGCUCACGGCCAACGAGAAGAUGAAGCAGGGCAUCUCGGACCUGGAGCUGCUGUUUGAAUAUCUCGAAGCCUUCGGUGCCCUGGAGAGAGUCUCGUUCGACCUCAGCUUGGCCCGCGGCCUGGACUACUACACGGGUAUCAUCUACGAGGUCGUGACAGAGGGCUCCGCCGGACAGGUCGUGGCCGCUGAGGGCGAUGCGCCGGCGGCCAAGGCUUCUAAGAAGAAGGCCAAGAGCGAGGACGACGACCGCUCCAACGACCCCUCGGUGGGUGUUGGCAGUGUUGCCGCCGGCGGUCGCUACGACAACCUGGUAGGCAUGUUCUCGGGCAAGACGCAGAUACCCUGUGUGGGCAUCUCGUUUGGAGUGGAUCGCAUCUUCUCCAUCACCAAGGCCAGGAUGGCAGCGGACAAGAGCGUGGCCAAGGUCCGCAACAACGAAGUGGACGUUUACGUCAUGGCGUUUGGAGGCAAUGGCUUCCUGAAGGAGCGCAUGUCCGUGUGCUCUCAGCUCUGGGAGGCCGGCAUCAAGGCCGAGUUCCUAUACAAGGUCAAGCCGAGGGUGCCGGCGCAGUUCAAGGCAGCCGACACCAACGGCGUCCCAUUCGCCAUCUUCCUAGGCGAGGACGAGGUGGCGCAGGGCAAGGUCAAGAUCAAGGAGAUGGGUCUGAGCGACGGACACCCGGAGAAGGAGGGCAUCCUGGUGGACCAGAAGGACAUGGUGGCCGAGGUCAAGGUGCGGCUGCAACGCAAAAAGGAGUUGGACGAGGUGGCACAGCAGGCCGAGAGUCUGAGGGUGGUGGAUGGCACCAGGAGCGCGGACGAGAAGGAGGAGGCCGCGGCCGCCCCAGCAGAGGGGCAGGCAGAGGUAGGAAAGCAAGAGUCAUAG